AUGUGCGACGCCGUCCGCGAUGAUCAGCAACAGCAAGUUCGGGCAGACUCAUCUUCCCAGGCUGGCAGUUCAACCCAGCCGUCUCGAUCCGCCGAACAACCCAGAGCCGCUAGUGGGAGUUCCCAGAUUACACAAGGGUCAAACCCAUCUAGAACACUUGAGCCUGAUCCGCGCAUUGGCCCAAAACCAAAGCAAGCUCCACUCGCAGCGUUGUGGGAUAGGGGAUUCUCAGACGACCCUUCUCCAGGGGACGAUUUCUUUCGACGAGGCCUUCCUGUGGCUCAACCACACGUAACGACACCUGUUAUCAACGAAAUACCUCCAACUCCAAUUUGCUCUCCUCCUAGCGUGCAACACAGCCUCAACAACCCGAACACGAGUCAAGGACUUCCAACCAGUCCACGGCCAAACCGAUCCCCCCCCCGUUCGCAGCGAUCCCUGGUCGGCCAACACAGCCUUGUUCUUCACCACAUCACCUUCACCGCCUCCCUCAACGCCAAAACGCCCAUGUCCGACCAACGCAGCAACUACCCAAAUCAGGGUCAAUCCUCCUCGGCUUCCCAAGAUGGCAACGCAAGAAGGCCACCCAUUGGUCUUCCCGGAGAACCAAUCCAGCCUUACUGGGCCCAGGGCCAGCGACCUCCCGCUAUCGAGCCCAGCAUGAAUCCGGGCCCAAUACAACCACCCAUGAGAGCUUCGACUUGGGAGCAAAACCGUCCCCCACCCCCAUAUCAAUCAGGUUAUCUUCAGAGACCCCCAGAUCCCCGACAGUACCAACCAAACCCACAACCGUACGGAUCGAACCCGCAGCCGCAUCAGCAAAUGCAACAGCAGCGUCAGCUCAACCCCCAACAGUAUCAGCAAAUGCAACCACAUUAUCAGCCAAGCCCCCGACAGUACCAUCCAAAUCCGAGGCAGUAUCCACCACCUCCGCCACGCCGGCAAACAGCUCCCAUCGAAGUGAUAAACCGUAUUCCAGGCCAGGGCCCGGGCUCCAGCCUGCCGCCCGAAUACCAUUUCAGAAAAGGAGUGAGAAGAGCUGCCGGCAUGGAGGGAGAGACCAUCCUUGUGCCAGAUGCAAGAGACUCCACAGGUCUCGCCAACUUCCCAGCUCGAUCUGUUGAUCACACGAAGUUGCAUGAAGACAACAGCAACGCGGUGCCGGUCACUAGAGGCGAGUAUGGGACAAUCGAUGCAACGGGUCUCUAUAGUGAGCUUGAAAUGGAGAAGGCGACUGACGAGAACGAAGAAAAGGGGAAGGAGGGCAAGGGCAAGGAGGGUAAGGGGAAGGGGAAGGGUAGGGGAAAUUUUCUCCCUAGGGUCGUGCUGUAUAUUGCGCAUUUGCUCCCAUUGGGCAUUGAGCCAAAGCGAGUUGUCUCGUUCACUGAAGUCGACGCUCCAGACUAG